AUGGAUGGAGCAAAUCAUUCUAUGGUUUCAGAGUUUCUGUUCCUGGGCCUCACCAACUCCUGGGAGAGACAACUUCUUUUUCUGUUCUCCUCCAUUUUUUGUGUGGCAGGUAUGAUGGGAAAUGCCUUUAUUUUACUUACUGUGACUUCUGACCCUCACUUACACUCCCCCAUGUACUUUCUGUUGGCCAAUCUCUCCUUUAUUGAUCUGGGAGUUUCUUCUGUCAUUUCUCCCAAGAUGAUAUAUGAUCUUUUCAGAAAGUGUAAAGUAAUUUCCUUCAGUGGCUGCAUCACUCAAAUCUUCUUCAUCCAUGUUAUUGCUGGUGUGGAGAUGGUGCUUCUCAUAGCCAUGGCCUUUGACAGAUAUGUUGCCAUAUGCAAGCCUCUUCACUAUAUGACUAUUAUGAGCAGAAAAAUGUGUAUUUUGCUUCUGGUUGCUGCAUGGAUAAUUGGCUUGACUCAUUCUGUGGUUCAACUGACUUUUGUUAUAAAACUGCCAUUCUGUGGCCCAGAUAUACUAGACAGCUUUUACUGUGACCUUCCUUGGUUCAUCAAACUUGCCUGCAUAGAUACCUACAGGCUAGAGUUCAUUGUCACAGUCAACAAUGGAUUUAUAUCCCUGGGAUCAUUCUUCAUACUGAUUAUCUCCUAUGUUUUUAUCUUGAUCGUUGUUUGGAAACACUCUUCAGGUGUUUCAUUCAAGGCCCUCUCCACUUUGUCAACUCAUGUCAUGGUAGUGAUUUUGUUUUUUGGUCCUUGUAUUUUUGUUUAUAUCUGGCCUCAUCCCACAUCCCACCUAGACAAAUUCCUUGCUAUUUUUGAUGCAGUUCUCACUCCUUUUUUAAAUUCAGUUAUCUACACAUUCAGGAACAAAGAAAUGAAAGUAGCCAUGAGGAAAGUAUGUAGUCAAUUUAUUAAUUAUAGAAGGAUUUCUUAA